AUGGGACACAGUUCCUCUUUGGGGGCGUGUCGUCCUAGCGGAUACUUGAGAGGCAAGACCGGACACUGCAAUCCGGAUAACGACUCUGACUGUUGCAAGGAGGGGAAGAUGUAUCCCCAGUACCGUUGCUCUCCCCCAAUCACAGGCAACACCAAAGCGACAAUGACUAUCAAUAGCUUUGCUGAGGGUGGUGAUGGAGGUGGCCCCUCGGAGUGCGACAACCAGUACCACGACGAUGGUGAGAUGGUGGUAGCUCUAUCAACUGGAUGGUACAGUAAUGGUAGCCGAUGCCUGAAUUUCAUUAGCAUAAGUGCUAAUGGUAAAACAGUUAAGGCGAAGGUUGUUGAUGAAUGCGACUCCAUUUAUGGGUGCGACACAGACCAUGACUUCCAACCGCCCUGCCCUAACAACGUAGUCGAUGCUUCUCCUGCGGUUUGGAAAGCUUUGAAUAUCCAUGGUUCAGAUGUUGGGGACUAUGAAGUUACAUGGUCCGAUGCGUGA